AUGGAUCGCAUCUUGCAAGUCUUCCAGAAUGACCUCACCUGCUCCAUCUGCAGAAACUGCUUUGUAGACCCCAUCACCACAGACUGUGGGCACAGCUUUUGCAGGACCUGUUUCUACCUCAGCUGGCCGAACAGGUCAGGUCUGACUCACUGCUCUGAAUGCCAGAAAGAAAUCCAGCAAAGAGACUUUCACACAAAUGUCAUUCUCAAGGAAAUGGUUCUCAUUGUCACACAAGGCAGUCUGUGGCAUUCUCUGUGGUCUACAGAGAAUAGGUGUAGGAUACACAUGGAGGCAAAGCAGAUCUUCUGUGAGGAGCAGAGGAGCCUGCUCUGUUUACACUGCUCUACCUCCCAGGAGCAUGGGGCUCACAGACACUGUUCAAUAGGAAAGGCGGCUGAGCAACACAGGGAGAAACUCCUCAAGACAAUGUGUUCUGUAUGGGAGAAAUGUCGUGAAAAUGAUAGAAACCUGAAUGUAGAAACUGUCACAACCAGAUCUUGGAAGAUUUAUGUGACAUCACAGCAGGAAGCGAUCAGAGCUGCAUAUGAUGAGUUGGCUCCAACUGAACCUCUGAAAAAGCAUCAUCAUUUAGAGAGACUGCAAAGGGAAGGCAAGAAGAUUUUUGAGCAACUCAGGGACAGUGAAGCCAGCAUGGAAAACAAGAGGGAGCUUUUAAGAGUAAUGUAUGCAGAGCUGAGGGAAAUGUGCCAUAAACCAGAUGUACAGCUGCUCCUGGAUUUUGGAGACAUAUUGCACAAGAGUGAGGCCGUGUGUGAGUACAUGCCCCAGCCUGUGAAAGCAGAGCUCACUGCAGUGACCAUCCCAGGGAUGAUGGCAAGGUUCAACCACUUACAAAGGAAUAUCAAUGUGUAUCAUGGAAGAGCUCUCAAUCAUGAAUUCCUACAAGGAGAUUUGAUAAGCCUGAAUAUUGGAUGGGGUGUUCUAAGUACACCGUUUAACUUUUCAAGAUCUGACUGUUUUUUUUACUUGGGUAAUAGUAUUUUUACCUAUGGGCAACAUUACUGGGAGUUAGAAGUGGGAGACACUUGGAAUUGGGCUUUAGGAGUCUGCUGUGAUGAUUGGAAUAUCUACUAA